AUGGCGAUGGUCGAUGGGAAUGUUGAAGCUGGAGAUGGAGUUGGAGAUGGGGUCGGGUUGGUGUUGGAGAUGGUGUUAGAGUUUAUGUUGGUGUCGGUAUCGGUCCAAAGUCCAGGUUCGGGUCAAAGCCCAACCGAGCCUGAAAGCCUGACCAAGCAAGCAGACCCGUUUUGGGAUCGAGGGGUUGAGGAGAGUUUUCUGGGUGAUUUUGUUUUUUUUUCGGCCGCCGCGACGGGGAGGCCACUAGGCAAUGGCCGGCCAUCGGGGCCGGUUGGAUGGGUUGAUAGCUUCUCUCGUUUAGGGGAGAAGGAUUCUGGAGUUUUGAGGUUCAACUCUAAUCAAGCUGGUAAUUCCUUACGUAUGUAUGGAUGCAGUUAUGAUGAACUGCACAAUGGAGUGUUUGGUUGGAGGGUUAAAGAAUCGUUCCUGUGCAAUAUCGACAUCAGUGUGGGAGUUCUUUCAGUGUUUCUUGUGGAGUACGAUACAGUUGUAAUUAGGGGACAUGUAGGUCUCAUUUUGCGGAGAUUAACCCAACAAUCUGAAUUCACGUUAUCCCCGCCGUUAAACAUAACUGUCGAAACCUUCUCUCUCGUUGUCAAUUUUUGUUACGGGACUCACCUCCUCGUAACGAUGUUUAACGUCGCGUCCCUCCUGGUAGCAGCGGAACUCCUCGGGGUGACGGAGACCAAAGGUGACGGCGACAGUAACUUGAAGCAGAUGACCGAGAAUUACUUCCAUCGAUUCAUUGCCGUCAACGGAGAGUACGCGGCGAUUGUUUUCAGGUCUUGCCUGACGUUGCUCCCGGAGGCGGAAACAAAGUCGUUUCUCUUUAGUAGAUGCGUCGAGGCUAUGGAUUUAGCGGAGGAUGGGAACGGCUUCGACGGUUGCUUUGAGGAUGUUAUUUCUUUGCGCGCCGAGGAUUUCAGAAUCCUUACCGAGUCUAUGCACCAACGAUUUGAGUACCACGAUUUGCUUUAUGGAAUCGUUGAUUUUUAUCUCGAGGGUACAAUUAAAGGAGCCUAUUUCAUACAUAAAUGUCUAGGAAACAAGCUCUUGCCUCAACUCCUCUUACAUGCAGUGCAAAACCCUCGAAUGCCAUUGCGUUUCGUGGUCCGAGCCAUGUUGGUGGAACAACUCAAUACCCGCCGCACCAUUUUCUCAGCCGCCAAUCACCAUUUAUCGCGUAGCCAUCGCCCUAGAACCAGCAACAGCAACGACGACGUUGACGACAACAUCACGGUCGGUGAAAUCCUCGAACGCGACGCCACCAAGCGGGAAACGGCUCAACUCAAGGCAGCAAUGGACGCCACGAGUUCCAGGAUCCAAACCCUGGAAAAACAGUUGCUUUGCAUGAAAAAGAUAUUGCAGGAGUCUGAUGAGAAUGUUAUUGAAGGAACCGGUGGUGGGUCUAGAGAUGUGAUGGAAUCGGGCCGGUCAGCUAGUUUCCGUUACGUUUCAGGGAAUAAGAUUGAAAGAUCAUACCUUGGAGCUCCUUCCUCGGCUAGUUUCCGGUUCAUUGGCGGUCCAAAAGAAAGAGCACUGGGAUCUUCCACACCAGAGAUUAGAGAUUUUGAUUUGGUAUAA